UAUUAGAUUAAUUAUCACGAGAAGAAUUAAAAUUGAUCAAAUAGAAAAUAUGAGAAGAAUAAACAAUUAGAUGAAUCAUCGGAUUACAUUUCCAUUAAAGAGAAAUGUUAUUUUCGAUCAGCUGAUUUUCGCUUUGUUUUUCUUUCUCUUUCCUUGUUUACCAUUUAUUUUGUUUUCUUUUUGUUUAUCUCUUGAAAUUCAAUUUACUUGGUUUGUGAAAUUUUCUUUUUAAUUAACAAUUAACUCAUUUGUUAUUCUCACCUUGAUCACAUCAUCAUCUCUAAUUGUGCCUUUGUCAUGUCAAUUUGUGCCUCUCCUAAUCUAAAUCAGUUAAUCUAAUCCAUUGAAUUUGUCAUUUUCUCAAUAGAAAAUCAAAAUUUUUCUAUCAAUUGUAAUUCUUUUCAUUAUGGUUUAUUAUAGAUCUUUAUUAACCAGCUGAUUAAUAUUAAUUGUAACACUUUCUUUAAUUGUUCUGCAACCAUUGGUUUACUGUUUUAUUGGAGAUUCUAAUUUGAUUGUUAAAAAGACAAACAGACAAUUACACUCACUUGGAUCUCGACGCUUUAUUUUCCCUAUAUAAAAGGCCUAUGGUUUGUUUGUGAUUCUCUGGAUGAAUCAUGACUCAAGUCAAAUCAAUUUCAUCAAUUACACUAAUUAAGAAGAAACUUAACGAUUUUAAUGAAGCCAUUGAAUCGACAAUCAAUAUACUGGAUGAACAUUCUCGAAAAUUUGAGAAGAUUGAUAUUGUUGGAGAUGCUCGAUUAUUACGAAAGGAAACAUUUAAAAGUAGUAAUACUAUGAAAAAAUUGGACAUUCUGCUUAAAGAUCUACAAAAUUUUGAAUCCACUUGGAUCGAUUUACCUGAGGCUGGACAUCUUUACAACGAGGUUCAAAUGCUUAAAUUAAGAGUUUCACAUUCGAAAGAAUCUUUUGCCAAUCUAAUUGAUCGUAAAGUGAUCAUAAAUACUGCACCAAAUGACUUAAAUACUGAAGAAACUCCUGUUAUAUCUGACAAUCAAUCGGAACAAUUAAUGCUACAACAUGAGCUAAUUGAAGAUAUAAAAAACAAGAAGCGGAUCUGUGACUCGUAUUUACAAUUACAAAGAGACAUUCGUGAUCUCGAUGAAACCAUGAGAACUUUUGCUAAUUUGGUUACGGAACAAGAUGAAACCAUUGACAAUAUCGAGGCAAACAUUGAAACUGCUCUGGUCAGCAUGGCUCAGGGAACAAGAGAUUUGUCCAAGGCUGCGAAACUUAAAAGGGCAUUUGUCCCUGUAACGAGUGCGGUUGUCGCAGGAUGUGUCGGUGGUCCUGUCGGAGCGAUAAUGGGUCUAAAAGUGGGCAUCCUAGCGGCCAUCGGGUCGGCUGCAGUGGGCUAUGGAGGAGGAAAGCUAAUCCAAAAAGUUAAUUCAAAGACAAUUUCUGAAGCGGAUUCUUGUUUAGCUGAAUCCGAUUCUGUUGUUGAAAGUGUUAACAGCAAGAGAAUUGAAUCAAAUGACAGAAAACAGAAAUAAAUUGACUCUAUUUAUGUUCCUUGUGAUUAAUUCUCUAUCUAAACACUUAAUCAUGUUGUUUAAUUUCACAGUUUCAAUUGUUAUUAACGUUAAUUUAAAAUCAAUUGUAUCCAUUCAAUUUAAAGAAGAAAAAAACAAUUAUUUUCCAUAAUAACAAUUUCAUAAAAUUAG